AUGUCAGAAGAAAAUUUAGAGAAUUUACGUGAACAAUAUGAACAGACCCAAAGAGAUUUAGAACAAAUACAAAAUCGAACAAAUGCAACUUAUAAUAGAGUAAUUUGUUCAGUUGAACGUAUGGUUGAAAGAAAUUUAACAGAAUCUGAAAAAAGAUACUGA